UACGCGUGGUGACGUAAGUAGAAAACGAGGUUGGUAGAAAGAAAACGAAUCAAUCACGAACAAAGGAACAACGAUUAUUGUUGAACUACAUGUUUGUGGUCGUUAUUACUUAUUAGUUGCAUUUUAUGAUAGUAAAUUGUAAGAAAACAAAAUUAUUGCUGCAAAUCCUGCAAUGUUGACUUCUGUACAACGUGCCGUAAUCGAAGCUAAUCCUAUAAAUUACCCUUUUGGCAAUACCCGAAGUCGAAAUGUGUUGCAAGACUUCAAUUGUGGAGUAGGUGGUUUUAACCCAUGCCGUUCAUCCUUGAAGGUUCUUUUUCUGGGUAGUGGUGACCUGAGAAACGCUCUUCAGGUGGCAAGAAAUGAAAGUUUUGAUGGCAUUCAAAUCCAUCUAAAUGAUUAUAAUCCAUCAGUGGUAGCUCGCAACAUCACUAUUUUGAAAAUAAUAUCAGCCCCUGAUUUCAAUCCUGAAGACGGUGAAGACUUUGCUUUCCUUUGGGAUGUUUGGUAUAAUCUUGAAUGGCCAGAAGUCACCCGUAAGAGAUUUCAAGGAGUGUUGAAGGACCUGCUGAAUGAUUCGUUCCCUGAAAAUGUCUCAGUCCCCAAAACUAAACAUUCUGAAAUGUUGAAACAAGUGUGGAGUUCUUGGCUUUCUGUUUUGUCACAAACUGAAUCUGAAGCUAGAGUUUUAAUGAAAAAAGUAGGCACUGAAAGGAAGAUAUCUAUUUGUAAAUACUGGCUGCUUUGGCAUCAAAAAGAAAUGGAAAACACGAAAAACUGCGGUUUCUUUUCUACGUUCAUUGAUGCGUUGGCAUCUAGAUUGAAAACAAGAAUUGGGCCUGAAGGUUUGAACGAUUCGGCAAUGCAGAAUAUCCGUGAAGAAGCUCAGCGCUAUUUUGAAGAAACAAUUGAGAAGUCCUUAAACGGAAUCCAAGACGAAGAUUCCUUUUCGAUGGCCAUUGCUGAACUAGCUUGUAACUUUGAAAGAAGUAUUGGGCUUGAAAAGUUGGACGAUUCGGCGAUUCAAGAUAUCCGUGAAGAAGCUAAGCGCUAUUUUGAAAACGGUAGCUGUCGACUUGAAAACGAUAUCGAGGUCGUGUGUCUCAAUCCAACCAUUCUUGAACACGCAACACUCCGCUGGACACUCUAUUAUUCCCUGUGCCCAUUUGACGGAUACAUGCCGCUCCUGAAAGAAGAACUGGACAUUUCAAUCAAGAGCAAGAUGAUGAUACGUUCCUGCCAGAAAAUACUCAAGAACCUUUUGUCUUGCUAUCGAAAACGCCUCAUCGACGGGAAAACCUUUGAAUUGUUCUUCUAUUUGGAGGAUGCCAUAGAAUUCUGCUAUUCUGAAAUUGUCAACAAGUUCGACGUCAUUGACUGCUCCAACAUGGCAGAUCAUGUUGGGUUAGCGAAUUUGAUCCUGGCUUGCAGCGGGAAGUUGUCCCAUCACCCAUCAGCAAUGUUGUUCACCGAAACUUUAAAAUGGUUUGAUUUUAAAUCUGUCAAGAUGUACGUCGAGAAAACCCUUUGUUGCCCGUUGAGCAUGAUCCCAACUCUAUAUGGAUUGCGUCUCAAAAGCCACAUCGAACUAGGAUUGCCUGAAUUUGCUAACCUGCGGCGUCGAACGCCGCCCCCUGUUAACCUUUGCUGGAAAAGAGCACCUCCUUUUCGUAACGUUGUCAUGUCAACCUCUCCUGCACUGAGCGAGUUCCUGAAUCAGCUAGCGAACGUUUGCUUUGAUGCAAAGUUUCCUUAUGGAAUCACAGGUGUCCCUCCUGAAUACCGAUGUGGCAUGUUGCUGUAUACCCCGCAAACGUUCAGCUACGUAGUGAACUCGAUGAUUCAACGGCUUGAAGGAGACCAUUGGCUGAAGAAGGAUGUCAGGCCGGCGGAGAUGCAUCCCAAUUUUCAACUAGCUAGACGAACACUUGAUGCUUGGAAAGAUGGCCAAAAGAUUCUCAAGUUAUCCGCAAACAUUCCUACUGCGUCCUGUGACAAGAUGGCUUCUCAAUUAGGAGCUCCAUACAUUCGAUUGAUACUCCUGCCGAAAGCAAAGCAAGGGAACUCCGACUUUUCUGGACCAGAUGUCCAUUUCAUCGACAACUUUCAAGUGAAACUGGAAAAGUGUUCAACCGGAUUCCAAGGCGUUUCAAUUUCCUUUCUCCUAAUUUCUAAUCACGGGCUCGAGAAAACUCAUCGUGCUAUCCUCGUGGAAAUACGGGAUGGAUCAGAAUAUGUCGUCUUUGAGUCGUUUGAAUCCGUUCAAGUCGAGGACUGGAGUAUACCUUAUCCGUUUAUUCCUUCGAAAAUCCAACUGGAAGAUCCCGCUCCUGAAGAAUUUCACAUGAAAGUCGACAGUUGCGUCGAGUCCGAAGAUCAGUUCCAUCUGAAAGUAAAUAUCAGUUCAUCCGAAAAUGCCGCAGAUUUAAAGGUAACAACGAAUCAUCAGGCGCCUUGUGAAUCCUGCCACGAAAUUACUGUGGAACUGAUCCAGUUUGAAAAUUUCAAGCCGUUGUCGCUGUCAUUUCCGUAUCCGAUCCUUGCCGAUGACAUCCGCAUUACCCUUGAUCGCAGCUGCCCCCAUGUUGAUUUAGUGCUAAAGAAAGCAUUAUGGGAACCAUGGCCGUGUGAGUACAGACGUGCUGACGAUUUGCACAACGUCUUGGAUCCAGAUCAACUGAAAUCUUGGAAAGAAGAAGAAUCACUCCAACCGUCCUUGGAAUACCACAUUAGAAGCCAAUUCAACAUUAAUCAUCUGAAGAAUACUUCACUAAUGGGAAAAUACCCUUUGAAUGUUGUUCGUUGCGUUAUGCAAUUUCUGUUUUUGGAUUCCUCUCGUCCUCGUUAUGUCGCCAUCAAACGGAUGAAUGCACCAGCACCCGACUGGUUGUUUCUAGUCCAUCAAAAACUUGCUGCAGGCGGCAAUUGGAGCCAGAAAAAGACAGCAGAGAGUUUGAAGCGAGUUUUCCCUGGCGACGCGGAAGCAUUCAACAUUCCAAUCCAAACGACUGAACAUUCGCAGCUUUUCAGAUUCGUCUUGCGGCUCAACAGUUCCAAUAUCACACCCAGCAAAAAUGGCAUGAAAAAUAACCUUACACUGGGAGAAGACAGUCCGUGGAUAGCUACAUUCGUCUAA